AAGCCCUAAUGGGAGAAGCCUCCCUCCCCGCAAGAUGCUCUCCCGCCUCAUUUCUCGACCUCUUCACCUCCGCUUCCUAACCCUAACCCUAGCUUCUUCCCCCCACCCCCUUCCUCCCUCCUCUACUUCUCUCCCUCCUCUCCCUCUGCCUCCUCCUGGUCUCCCUAUCGGCGAACCCAAUCCGGGUUUCUUCUCCCGAUCCCUGAGAGCCUUCUCGACCAACCGUGGUGACGAUGGCGGCGGCGAUGGUGACGGCACCUGGAAGUUCUCGUCGGAGAAGGACGAGGUGGACUCCGUAUUCGGCGACGAGGAAGGUAGCCUCGCCGGGUUUGCGGAAGGCGGCGAGGAUCCCGCCGGAUCGGAAGCGGCCGCUGGAGCCGGCCUGAAGGGCGGCGAUCCCUGGUCGACCCAGGAUUCCAUUUUGGAGAAGAAAGGGGGUAUAUUUGACGAGAUCGAUCGGGAGUUUGCAUCGAAGGAGGAGCUAGGAGGAGCUAGAGAGAAUGAGUGGGAGACGGCUGAGGGGUAUAAGCCGUGGACGUUGGGGGAAGAGGAAGAUAAGGUGAAUUUUUUUGACACUGAAGGAGAAAAAGAGCUGGGGCUUGAAGGGAUUGAGGAUGGUGGGAUUGAAGAUUUGGAGAAGGAGCGCAUUGAGGAGCAGAAGCAGUUGGAGAAGAAAGAGCAAGAACUCUUAGCUACACUGAAAGGUCCAAAUCGGGCAUUUGGGGAUCUAAUUGCGGCAUCAGGAAUUACAGAAGAUAUGAUUGAUAGCUUGAUUCUUCUAAAGGAUGUCAGAGGUAUCAAAGGAUUGCCUCCUCUACAUGAAAUAGAAGACAAAGCCAUAGCAAGAAUGAAUGCAACAUCUACAAGAGCUGAAAUUGAGCGAAAGAAGCAAGAGGAAAUUGCAAAAGCACGGGUUAGACAGGUUGACGAAAAAGAAAGGGCUUAUGGAACUGGAAGAAGGAAAUGCAGUGUAGCUCGUGUAUGGAUUCAACCUGGCCAUGGGAAGUUUAUCGUCAAUGACAAGCAAUUUGAUGCAUACUUCCCAAUUCUUGACCAUCGAGCUGAGCUUCUUCGUCCAUUUACUGUGACGGAGACUUUGGGUCUUUGGGACAUAAAUUGCACUGUGAAAGGCGGUGGUGUCUCAGGUCAGGUGGGAGCUAUCCGCUUGGGAAUUAGCAGGGCGCUGCAAAACUGGGAACCAGGGCUUCGGCCAUACCUUAAAGCAGCUGGGUACUUGAUGAGGGAUCCACGUGUUGUUGAAAGGAAAAAGCCUGGAAAGGCAAAAGCAAGAAAGAGCUUCCAAUGGGUCAAGAGAUAACAGCUUUCAGUUUGGCAGCUUCUUCUCAACCAGUUCACCUCACCAAUACCAAGCCUUGCGAAUGUUAUAUUUGUGGGUGAUUUUGGUGUACGUACCCAAAAGUCCUUGUCGUAUGAGCCAGCCGUGAUGAUUAAGUCAAAAUGUGGAGAACCAAGUUUCAUGCCUGUCCUGGCACGCACAUGCCUGCUACUAUUUUGGAGCCUUGAUCUGCUACUUAAGAACAUUAAUCUUUGCGACAAUGCGACCAUGAUGGGCAAUUGUAAUGGUGUCAGAAUGUCUGUUCCUGGUUCUCAGGCCUAUCAUCCAUCUCCCGUACUUAAAAAGUUGAUUGAGAGAUUCCAUUCUUUUUAUUUUCUGUUUGAAACUUCAUCUGUUAAGUUUCUAUUAUUUGAACAUUGGCGAUUGGGCCGCUUUGAAUCAUGUUGCCUUUUAUCUGGGUCCAAUAAAGCGGCUAUGAGCAAUGUUGUGG